UUUUUUUGUAAAGGAAAAUCGUGACAAUUUCUGAGAGAUAAUCAACAAAGUGGAUAAGCAAAAUGCCGUUCCAAGUUGUUUAUAACAAGACAUUUGAGUGUUGUGUUGAAAAAGCUCUGCGAAAUAGCCGAGACUUAAUUCAUGUUCAUCAUUUUUACAAUGCGACGCAAAAUUGUCGUCAACACCUUAGCACUGACAUUGAUGGCGAAGACUACUUGUCACUAGUCUUAAAAUUUUACAUGGAAGAAUUUCAAAAAAACACCACUGUUGAUGAUUGUUACACGGCAACGCCAUCAUGUGGCGGUAAAACCAAGGACUGGUACAACGCCUACAUUGUGUUUUGGAUCGUUGCGUUAAUUAUUGGCCUUGUAGGUAACAUUCUAGUGUGUGUCACAUUUUGUCAAUCAGCUGUGUUGCGAAGAAGCGUAACCAACUACUUCGUCACAUCGCUUGCUUUGAGUGACUUGCUGGCUGUAAUUUUCAUUAUCCCUGUGAAAAUCCACUUCGCCCUCAACAAUCACGAUUUCUGUGCUCCGCUCGAAGUUUGUAAGAUGUACUUCACAACUGACGUCACAUUUUUUGUGGCCUCCAUUACCAACCUAUUUGCGAUCACGAUUGAUCGAUAUUUAGCUAUAACCAGACCAUAUGAUUACAAAGAAAUUCUUACACCAGCUCGCUCCAAAAUUAUGAUCGUUUUAAUAUGGAUAUCUUCAGCUAUUUGGGGCAUUAUGAUAAACUACAACUCAGAAACAGGCAAUUUCGACAAUAUAAUUAUCAACGAAAAUAAAUGUUUUCCAAAGCAUAGAAAAAUGUACUACAUAACGCAGUACUCUGUGGUCUUCUUUUUGCCGAGUAUGAUCAUGCUCGUCGUGUAUGCUAAAAUACUUCGCAUCGCUUUGUCGCAUGCUAAAACCAUGGACAGUCGCCGCGUCACGCAUGGUAGUGACAGAAACAACAACCGAUCACAACAGGCAAAGUUUUUUACAAAUCGUAAACUUGAACUUCGCGCAACGAAAGUUGUCCUUGUUGUUUACGGUACAUUCAUAGUUUGUUGGUUACCCGUUAUUCUAGUGACACUUGGGCACCUAUUAAAGGUAACGGAAAGUACCAGUUUGGUUAUCUAUACAAUAUUUGGUGAAAUGCUUCCCGUGAUUAACAGUAUUUUAAAUCCCUUCAUAUAUGGUAUACUCCAUCGAGAUUUUAAACAUGGGAUUAAACGAAUGCUUGGAAUAUUGUAUUUAGAACAUCAACUAAAAUCAAAAAAUCACCGCAAAAGCUAUUUAGAUAUGUCUUCGUUAAGCAGACGUACUUGUUCAUUUAACAGUCCCAGAUCUCACAUAGAAAUAUUAAGUCCUGUCACAGAAUACCCUGAUGUGGUGUUGAAUACAACACAGGAAAGCAUUGUUCUUGAUGGGAACGAUGGCGCCUUGCACCUCGAUGUCCCAAAUAACUGCUUUUUAAAGAAGACCAGCUUAACUGACAGUGAGUUUACAGCAUCGAGUCAUAAUUCAGAAGAAAAUAACCCUUUAAUAAAGUCAAUAAUAAGUAAUAAAAAUUAAUGUGUUAAAUAUUUGUCAAGAUGUAAUAUUUUUAGAAAAAAAAAAUGAGCGAAUCUGUUUA